GCCCUCACCAACGACGUUUCAAACAAAACUGCUCUCCGCCGCUUUCUCUCGUCUCAAUCUGUUUGCUAUUCGAUUCCACCUCCCUUUUGCCAAGAAUGGGCAGUGCUGGAAAUAAUCGAAGUAGCUAUGGGGAAUACACUUAUGCAAACUUGGAGAGGGAGCCAUACUGGCCUUCUGAGAAACUAUGGAUCUCUAUCACAGGAGCUGGAGGCUUCAUUGCCUCCCACAUUGCAAGGCGGCUGAAGAGGGAAGGGCACUACAUUAUUGCAUCUGAUUGGAAGAAGAAUGAACACAUGGCGGAGGAGAUGUUCUGCCAUGAGUUCCACCUCAUGGAUUUGAGGGUCAUGGACAAUUGCUUGAAGGUCACUCGCAGUGCAGAUCAUGUAUUUAAUCUUGCUGCUGACAUGGGAGGGAUGGGUUUUAUUCAAUCAAACCAUUCUGUGAUCAUGUACAACAACACCAUGAUCAGUUUCAACAUGCUUGAAGCUGCAAGGAUUAAUGGAGUGAAAAGGUUCUUCUAUGCAUCCAGUGCUUGCAUUUACCCAGAAUUUAAGCAGCUGGACACUAAUGUGAGCUUGAAAGAAUCUGAUGCUUGGCCUGCAGAGCCUCAAGAUGCUUAUGGCUUAGAGAAACUUGCGACUGAGGAAUUGUGCAAGCACUACACUAAAGACUUUGGUAUUGAGUGUCGGAUUGGGCGGUUCCAUAACAUCUAUGGCCCUUAUGGAACUUGGAAAGGUGGGAGAGAGAAGGCUCCUGCUGCUUUCUGUAGAAAGGCAAUCACCUCGACCGACAAGUUUGAGAUGUGGGGAGAUGGGCUGCAAACUCGAUCCUUCACAUUCAUUGAUGAAUGUGUGGAAGGUGUCCUGAGAUUGACAAAGUCAGACUUCAGAGAGCCGGUGAACAUUGGAAGUGAUGAAAUGGUGAGCAUGAAUGAGAUGGCUGAGAUGGUACUCAGAUUUGAGAACAAAAAGCUGCCCAUCUAUCACAUUCCUGGCCCGGAAGGGGUCCGUGGCCGCAAUUCCGACAACACUCUGAUUAAAGAGAAACUGGGUUGGGCCCCAACAAUGAAACUGAAGGAUGGUCUCAGGAUCACAUAUUUCUGGAUAAAGGAGCAAACUGAAAAGGAGAAAUCUCAGGGGGUAGACUUGUCUGUCUAUGGAUCAUCCAAGGUGGUAGGGACACAAGCACCUGUUCAAUUGGGUUCACUUCAUGCAGCUGAUGGAAAAGAAUGAAAUUAUUGCCAGUGGCUGCAAGAUGCAGAUGUGAUCCUUUAUCUGUUUUGGAAUGGGAGGAAAAGUCUGGCUAUGGAUGGUGGAAAUUUAACUGAAAUGGUGUCUUGUUUUCACAUUAUUCCUGAUAGUAAGUUAAGGGAUGUCUUUUUGUUUCCUAUGUCUUGGUGGUUAUGCCUCCUCUUGUAGGUUGCUGUUAUAGUCUAUGUAUUGCAUGUAUUAGCGUUACUUUCCUUUUCUCUGGGAGAUGCAAAAUAAAAAACAAUGGAAUAAGCUCUCUUUGUUAUUCUGUUAUACUUGAUUAUUCUCUUCAUGCAAAUCAGAUUUCUGGCA